GGCCCAAAGGAAGAUUUUCUUGCAAAACAGCGUGUCCCUCAAAACACGAUUGUUUCUUGGUGGUGUUUUUCUUUUCAGUAAAAGAUCUUUCGCCGAGUGCCUAAGCAUUCUCAGAACAAACAAGGCUCUCAGCUCUGGCACAGCCCAUUUCACUCUCCACCCCCAGCCUCCUCCUGUGAGUUGGAGAUCUGAUAGCCCAGCCUGAAGUUUGAGGCUCCCCCGCGGCCACACCGCCCUUCGAUGGGUGCCUCGUCGUGCCAGGAAAAAAAGAAAAAAAAAAAAAAAGGAAAGAGAAAGAGUGGGCAGGUCUAGGUGAAGUCAGCCCAGUAAAGGUUCAUAGCUGGGCGGUGACACCUUCUCACACUGCUCAAGAGAUAAUGCUUGUUCCCAGCGGCUGUCACGGUACUGGGAGUAAGAGGUGACCUGUUUAUUUUUAGAAGGGGACAGUCAUCAUAGCUCGGCACUUAGCUUCAUUCAAGGCGAGCAGGUGCUUUGGAAGUUUGUAAACACCUACUUUCUGAGUAAGGGAGGCGAGCUUCUUUCCAAAGAGGAAGGGACUUGACGACUGGGGAAUCUUCCCCCCAAUACUUGCUGGUGACAGGAGAGAAAGACUUCCUAGCUCACGAGUCUGCAGCCAGCCACUCGGUCAGUGUGUUCACAGGGCAGAAAUGCCUGAAGCUGACGACUUUGGACCAGGCCAAAGCUGGGAAGUUAUCAAUUCCAAACCAGAUGAAAGAUCCAGGUUCAGCCACUGUAUCGCAGAAUCAUGGAUGAAUUUCAGCAUAUUUCUUCAAGAAAUGUCUCUUUUUAAGCAGCAGAGCCCUGGCAAGUUUUGCCUCCUGGUCUGCAGUGUGUGCACAUUUUUUACAAUCUUGGGAAGUUAUAUUCCUGGAGUUAUACUCAGCUAUCUACUGCUGCUGUGUGCAUUUUUGUGUCCCCUGUUUAAGUGUAAUGAUAUUGGACAAAAAAUAUACAGCAAAAUCAAGUCAGGUCUGCUGAAGCUAGAUUUUGGAAUUGGAGAAUAUAUUAAUCAGAAGAAACGUAAGAGAUCUGAAGCAGAUAAAGAAAAAAGUCACAAAGAUGACAGUGAAUUAGACCUUUCAGCUCUUUGUCCUAAGAUCAGCCUCACGGUUGCGGCCAAAGAGUUGUCUGUGUCUGACACCGACGUAUCCGAGGUCUCCUGGACUGACAAUGGAACCUUCAACCUGUCAGAAGGAUACACUCCACAGACAGACACUUCCGACGAUCUUGACCGACCAAGCGAAGAAGUAUUUUCUCGAGACCUUUCGGACUUUCCAUCUGUAGAAAACGGCACGGGAACAAAUGAUGAAGAUGAGUUCAGCCUUGGCUUGCCCACUGAGCAAAGGAGAAAAAAGGAGCAGGUGGACAGCGGUCUCAGAGCGAGCAGAGAGAGGCAGUCAGCAGCUGGUCUCACCCUUCCUUUGAGCAGUGACCAAACCUUUCACUUGAUGCGCAACCUGGCUGGGGACGCCAUUACGGCCGCGGUGACAGCAGCCAUCAAAGAGCAGUUAGAGGGCGCGCAGCAAGCACUUUCUCAGGCUGCCCCCAGCCCGGGCGACGACACAGACACUGAAGAAGGUGAUGACUUUGAACUACUUGACCAGUCAGAGCUUGAUCAAAUUGAGAGUGAAUUGGGACUUUCACAAGACCAAGAAGCAGAAUCACAGCAAAGUAAGAAGUCUUCUGGCUUCCUUUCAAAUCUACUUGGAGGCCAUUAGUCUGGGAAUCAACUUGUUCAACACAGCACAGAUAAAACUACCAAAAAAUUUUAAACAAGCAAAAAAAAAAAAAAAAGAAGAAGAAGAAGAAGAAAAGGAAAAAAAAUUUUUGAACUGUGCGCUUUACAGAUUACUUCAGUUUUUUUCUUAUUUUCCCUUCUGCAGUGAAUUAAUUGGAUAUCUAUCAGCUGAUACUGAUAUUUCCUAUAGUUAUUUUUAUGUAAUAAGCAUGGAAAUGAACUUUAUAUGCAUAAAUAUACAUACUGUGUUGUCAGAGAUGAAUAUUAGAGGUUUUUAAUGCAAAAACACCAAAUUAUUGCGAUCCUCCUAUAAGUAUUCUUAUUUUUUCUUUACAAUUAAUUUUUCAAGCAUGCAAAAACAGUUUAUUGUAACUCACUGAAAUAUUAACAAUUAGUUGUGAACAUAAGCAGUAUCAGCUCCUUUGUUACUGAUACUUGGAAACAGUUAAAAAAUGUUGGUGAUUCUGAUGUAAAAAAAACACAAGUUAUCAAAAUAUCUUUAGUUGAAGGACUUGGGAAAUAUUAUCAAAAUGAAUUUCCUAGGAAAAAUUUUAAAAAUAUAUUUAACUACUUUGGAUAAGCUGAUACAUUUCCAUGUUAUUUCUGCAGUUAUAGACUUAGGCUUACCUGUAGUAAAUGGCAUGCUCCAUCGACUGCCAGCUCUGGUCUUGGCAAUGGGUGGUUAUCAACCCACAGAAAGCAAGUAAUUCUAUAUCAAAUAGACAGUGGUUUUGAUGUAAACAGAGACUGGGCUGUGUUUUGUUGUUCAGUUGUCAUCUAUUUGUAAUAGAGAUGUUGCAAAGUGUGGAUCUCUUCGGCUUGCUCAGACCUAAGUUAAACCCUCGUCUUUCAUAUUAUGUCAUAAAAAAGUCUCUUCAAGUUGUGAAACUAGUUCCUGGUAUGUUCUAGGAGUGGUGUUGUCAUCAGCAGUAGAGAAACAGUAACUGUUUUCGUAGUCUGUAUAGAGUCUCCUACAGGAGACAAAUUUGCUUGGCUUUAAGGUGUAUUUAUUUGCUACUGAAGUUGAAAUAUGUAAUCUGUUUCUACUGGGAAUUUAGAAUGUAUUUUUCUUUUAUUUUAAACUUUUUAGAUCACUUUCAAAUAACCAAAUUUGACUUAGGCUUUUAACAAAGGAUUUAGCAGAAAUCAAGCUAAUUGUGUUUUUGUGAUAGAAACUUAAUAGUGUUGAGGGACCAUGUCAGCCAACUACCAACAAUCCCUUCAAUCUUCAGGUACAGCUGGCAUUUCUACAGAUGCGUGCAGACAUCUGAGACCCUCAGAAAGGAAGGAUAAUCCAAGAAUAUAGGAAAUCUGUGGUCCCUUCCCUUCAUUUUAUUCCUUUCCUUGUAUUUCUAAAGACUAUAGGUAAUCUGUUUUAAUGUAGCAUCUCUUAUUUAUUUUUUCUUUCUGAGGUAUUAAAAUAUCUAGACUGAAUUUUGCCAAAUGUUAAAGGGAGAAAAGUUAUUGAGGACUUUGAACACUUGCUUUUUGUGAUUGACUAUGCUUCUAUGUCAUUAGUGCCUCAUGACUGUGUUUGAUGUCCUUUAUUGAUACAAAGUGAGCCUGUGCCUUCAUUAUCUUGCCCAUUUUGGUACAAAAACCUGGUGUUAGAUCUAUGAACUGUGUGGGUUAGGGAGGAAUAUACCCGAAUCCUCUUCAAUACAAGUUUCUGGACAUAAAGAAAAAUACAGUCACAUAUUUAUAAAA